GAUUAUUGCAUAGCUGAAGACUUACGGCUCCUGUUGAGAUGCCUUUCGAGAGAACCAAUGGACAUGGAUCCAAUGGGCCACUUACGAGGCCCAAUGAGAACGAGUUUUUGCAUACUGCGGUGAAACAUGCCAGCCACUCUGCCUACAGUUUUGAAAUGCUGCUGGAGUCCGCUCAGUAUCUACUGGAUCGUGUCAGCGUCAGGCCGAAGAUAGGAAUCAUUUGUGGAUCUGGAAUGGGGGUUUCUGAACAGAGUGAGUUGUGUCCAGGUUCAAUUGCCGAUUCACUGACGGAUAUAAAGACAUUUCCCUACGAGGAGAUACCACAUUUUCCAUCGUCUACGGUCAAAGGUCACGUGGGUCAACUGGUAUUCGGAUAUCUCGAGGAUGUUCCAGUGAUGUGUAUGCAGGGGAGAUUCCACUACUACGAGGGCUAUCCACUGUGGAAGUGCGCUAUGCCAGUAAGAGUGAUGAAACUGGUGGGUGUGAGCCAUCUUAUAGCAACAAAUGCUGCUGGUGGCCUCAAUCCCAAAUACAAGGUUGGUGACAUCAUGAUGGUGAGGGAUCACGUAAACAUGAUGGGAUUUGCCGGCAACAAUCCACUUCAGGGACCCAACGAUGAUAGGUUUGGACCGAGAUUUCCGCCCAUGAACAGAGCUUACAACAAGGAGCUCCUGGAGAUUGGUUCAGAAGUUGCUAGCAAGAUGGGUAUUUCCAACAUCGUGCACAGAGGUGUGUAUACGUGUCUAGGAGGACCUAAUUUCGAGACAGUAGCUGAACUUAAAAUGUUGAGUAUGGUCGGUGUGGAUGCAGUUGGCAUGUCAACCGUCCACGAGGUGAUCACAGCUCGUCACUGUGACCUCCAAGUUUUCGCCUUCAGUCUAAUCACGAAUCAAUGUGUAAUCGACGACGACUGCCACGACGAGGUCAAUCACGAGGAGGUGAUGGACGUUGGAAAGAUGAGACAAUCUCUGUUGCAGGAAUUUGUUCUGCGGAUGGUGAAGUGCAUCAAAGAAAAAUUAUCUACGAACUGAGAAAUUCAAUCAUUCUUAAUUCAUCACUGUGUUCAAAGGCACGAGGACUUGUCAUUGCUCAGGUGGCAACUUCUCCAGAGUUACUUCAAUCUCACUGCCAUCCUGCCCCCUCUCCCAAAGUCACGAUAAAUCUGCGUGAAUCGACGAGCGAUUGAAAUGUCUACAGUUGUCUAAAUAUCAAAGGCAGUGGGUGCGCACAGUGAAAGCAGCAGCUUCACUGAAUUAAAUUAUUUUCAAGCAUUUAGCCACUAGGUACGUUCCCUCUUCCACUUUCCAAUUCAUUCUCAAUCUUUCCCCGGCGGAGAAAGAAAAAAGAAUUCCACGAAAUACCCUUCCGUAAAUCUUAUUUAAUUUAACGCAUGACCAGUCGACGAUAGUUGCCGUUGAAAAACGUUAUCUCUGUGAAUCGAUUUUUUUUUAUUCAUUUUAAACUUGAAAAAUCCAAGAGAAGAGGCAGGGAAAUUAUCACCGCUGAUCCUUGGGAUCUAAGUUGGCAAUUUUUUAAAACCCUCAUCCCACCGCCCCACACCAAGACGGUCCAAUGGAUGAUGGGGAUUGGUUGGGUGGUAGUGAGGAAAGUAAGACCGAUGGGUGGCUUCGGGGCGCAACGUAUUCCCUAUCCGUAAAGUCUCGUCUUCUUAUCUCAAUUCAAGAGAGAAAAUUUUCUUUCUCACUACAGCCUUUCCUUUCUCUCUGAUCGGUACGCGCGUCUCUACGGAUUUUCAAUUGAUUCGUUGCACGUACAAGGAGCUAUGGGGGAGGGGUAGUGGGGAGCAUCGGGCUAAUAAAGGCUUCAACUUCACGGAUGGCUUCUCACGUCCAUUAUUUUUUUCUAUUUUCAUUUUAUAACUGAAUCUCCUCAGUGUUUGUUUUUCUAAUCUCUCAGUCCAUCAUUCCUUUCAUCAUCAAUUUAUGGUUAAUGUUAUUUGUAAUCCUGAUAAUUGAAUAAAUGUUGAUUUAUCCGUAA